CUCCACAUGCACCACUGUUCAGGCUCACGGAACAAGGAGUGAAACCUUUGGAUACAUUGUCAGGAGAAAUAUUUCUUUUUUUUUUACCUAAUCGCUCAGGAAUUUCACAACUCUUCAGUCGACAGGGACACCUGAGGAAAUGAGAGAGAGGAGGAUAGGAGAUGUGUAGGUGAAAUAUUGGAAAGAGUGAAAUAGUGAAAGAGUGAAAGCGAUAGUGAAAAGGGUGGGCAUGGAGAGAACUAUCUGAAACUUUUAGAAAGAGUGAAACACAUUCGGGAUUCCGUACAUGGGAGCAAUUCAACCGUGAAACAGGUUUGUUUACUGACAGUGAUAGAGGUAGAAAGAGAGUUAGAGAAAGAGAGAGAGAAAGAGAGAGAGAGAAAGAAAGGAAGAAAGAGACAACUAGAAGACCUCAAACCUUUGGACGACUAAAUUAGUUCCACUUUCUAACCGAGGAGAGCUUUCCUGUUGUGACCAUGGUAACCCUGAACCUAAGGUCCCUCACCCAACCGGUGGGUGUGUUGCGGAUUCUGGAGGUGGUGCUCACCUGCAUCUCCUUCAGCCUGGUGGCCUCGGUGGGCCACAACAGCAGCUCCUACUGGGCCUGGAGCAUGUUCACCUGGUGCUUCUGCUGCUUCUUCACCCUCUUCAUCCUCAUCAUGGAGUUCACCAGCCUCAGCACCAAGGUGCCCAUCUCCUGGGACGACUUCACCACCGCCUUCGCCAUGCUCGCCACGCUCAUGUGUCUGGCCGCCUCCAUCAUCUACCCCACCUUCUUCACCUGUCCCACCUGCUCCCGCCAGAUUGCCGCCACCGUCGUCUCGUUGCUCUGCUUCGGCGCCUACGUCGGAGAAGUGGCGUUGACCCGCUUCCGGGCCGGCGAGGUCAGCGGGUUCCUGUCCACAGUCCCAGGCCUGCUGAAGAUCCUGGAGACCUUCGUGGCGUGCAUCAUCUUCACCUCCCUAGACCCAGGACGGUAUCACUCCCCCGGACUCCAGUGGUGCGUGGCUGUGUACUCCAUCUGCUUCAUCUUCGCCCUCCUCAUUGUCCUCCUCACCAUUGCCCGGCGCCUCUCCAUCUUCCCGUUCGGCUUUGAGAAGCUGGUCAUCGUCUACAACGGGCUGGCGGCAUUUAUGUACAUGACGGCCACGGUCAUAUGGCCUCUGUACAGCUUUGAGAACAACCCACGGCCCAACCCUUGCAAUGGACGGCCUUGCCUGUGGGACAACCUGGUUGUGGUGUCCUUCAUGACUGCCAUCAAUACUGCCGUCCAUAUCAUAGACACUGUCUAUUCUGUUAAUGUGGUCUUCUUUACACCGAUUGAGUGAGGGUGAGCCUUGACCUUGAUUGUCCCUGCCCCGCCAACACACACACAAGGGUUUUUUAAGAGCGCAGAAAAGGGCAGUCGUUAACUCUUUACAGAUGAGGGACAACUACCAGGGCUGUGCCAUUCACAGUAUGGAGAGGGAACCUUGGUAAAUAAUUGAUAUAAUUGCAGCUGUAUAAAUAACAAAUGACCUGACUGAAUGAUCGAACUUUGGAUCCUCAUGCAAACAUCUCACAAAAGGAAUGUAUCUCCAUCAAUAUUUGAUUACUGGUCAAAACGCCUGUCCAUUGUUUAAUACUUAAAGUGUAACCCCUGAGAGAACAAAAUACGUAAAUGAAGUGAAUUACAAAAGGACAAGAAAUCUGAUGUUCAUUUCAUUUUUUUGUGGCUGUCUGACUUGUGCUUUUGAUAGGAUUAGUUGUUGUCAUACCCCUGCAAGUUAAUAUGGAUGUAACCACUUAAAGUACUCCAUGAGAACAGACACAGUAUGCCUCCAGUUGCAGAGGACUGUCUCUUAGACAGAAAGAAAGAGAGAGAGAGACAGAGACAGACAAAGAGACAGAGAAGUGGGCUCUGUGCUGGGCAUCGCUCAAUUGACAGGCAUCUUGGUGACCAGUCAUCGGUCAGGGCUGUACUACCUCUCAAUCUCACUGCCACAUGAAAUACAACAAUCUCGUAUCAACACUUGAAAUGGGAAAGUUCACUUGUUUUGAGGGGAUGUCAUCAGUCUCGUCUUCUCUGUCCAGCUCCUGCAGUCCUUUGAAUGCAGACUAGACAGCGCAUUGAUGGCUAAAAGCUGUCCCACCCACAUUUACUGAAACACGGAGAAGAGUAGAAUUGACGUUAAAGAUGGGAAAAUUAGAUGAGAGAAAUUCAUGAGAAGCGAUCCCCUGUGCUCUCUUGUCAGAUGUUACACAUGAACACCUUGUCGAACUGUUGUACAACAUUGGACAUUGUAGAGUGGCUAGGAGCAUGGCACAGGACAGCACAACACAACUUAAUAUGACACAGAAUACAGUUGUGAUCUUCUUCUUGACAACAGCAAUAUCUCAGAAAUAAGGAAAUUGUGUAUUUUCAAUAUGGUUGCAACGGGCGUGUGCUCCCUCUGUCAAUCAUCACCUCAGGGAAGGGGGCUGCUAAGUUGCAUAUGUGUUCAUGACAUAAACCAUUCAAAAAUACUUGA